AUGUUAAAAUUCUUUCUAUGUAGACCAUCGCCGGUCAGUUGCAGGGCAGUUUUCGUUGAGUGCUCUGCCACAUCGGUACACAUGGAUGCUGGCUAUAUUCUGAUUGACGAGCAGAGCUCGCUGGAGGAGCUGAUCAAGCUGAUCUCGAAACGCCGGGCGGACGUUCGGGAACCGCUCAAUUUGCUGAACCUGGAUGAUGUCGUGGCGAAACAUCGCAACUGGCAACGUAAGCUGCCGAACGUCGCGCCGUACUAUGCGGUCAAAUGUAACAGUCAUCCGACGGUGCUGAAACUGUUGGCGACACUCGGCUGUGGGUUCGAUUGUGCCUCGCGGGUCGAGCUGGAAACGAUCAUCGACUUGGGUGUGGCACCGGCACGUGUGAUCUAUGCAAAUCCCGCUAAACCGGUGGAGUCGUUGCAGUACGCAAAGAAGGUUGGCGUGCGUCGUAUGACGUUCGAUAGUUCGGACGAGCUGGAGAAGAUCGCUAAACACUUUCCUGAGGCUGAGCUUGUGUUGCGGAUUCGGCACGAUGCCCGUGAGGCCCAACUAUCGCUGGGGCGAAAGUUUGGGUGUGAUCCUGAACGGGACGCGGUGGUACUUCUUACACACGCCCGAAAGCUGAACCUCAAAGUGAUCGGUGUGAGUUUCCACGUAGGAUCAGGCAGUAUGGACGCAGAAUGUUUUUACGACGGCAUACGAAAAGUGUUGGAUAUUUUCGACAAAGGUGAGCUGCUGGGUAUGCAUAUGUUUUUGCUGGAUAUUGGCGGAGGAUUUCCCGGUGCAAACAGCCGUCGCUUCGACGAUCACGCUUUUUACAUCAAUAAAGCCAUCAGGGAGCAUGUCAUGCAGUUCAACCGACGAAUUGAAGUGAUAGCUGAACCGGGCAGAUAUUACGUCGAAUCAGCCGUUACAGCGUUCGUGAAUGUGGUUUCGAAAUCGUACGAAAGGGACACUUCCGGCCGAAUUGCUCGCGUGAGGUAUUACAUGGACGAUGGGCUGUACGACUCGUUUGAUUGGUGUGACGCGACGCAGUCGAAUGUACCGGUGGUUCAGGAAGAUAAACGUACCCGGGAGUGCUUGCGAUCGGUGAUCUAUGGGCAAACAGCGUGCGAGCGAGAUGUUAUUUCUGAGGAAAUUUUUCUACCGGAACAUAGCGUUGGGGAAUGCAUGGUUUUUCCCAACAAGGGCGCCUAUGGAAAAAUACUCGGCAUAGGGCAUAAUGGUUUUGUACCGGCGAGGGUGAAGGUGUGUCUAUCGAGAGCAACGCUUAAUUAUCUGUGCGCGUCAGCGGUUAAAGCCGAGCGUGGAUAA